AUGUCAUAUGUAACGCAAGUGGUGAGGUCCACUGAGGAUCGCAAGGGUAGAGCUCCGAAUUGUAGUGUCCUAAAUAUAGACAACCUUUGA